UUCCUCUUCUGUUGAUUGUUAUCAGACAGUAUAAUGUUUUUCAGAGGAAAAGGGAAAUAUGACAGCACACGUUAAUCCUGUUUUACUGGAACAGCAGCUGACAGUCUUCACUGGUGUGGACGACAGUCACAGGGGAGAAACAACAUCGGAGAAACAAGCAGCGACAUGAGGAAACUUUACUGGAGAGCGUUUAUAAAUGUCUCACUGACAUCACUGGAAACACAGCACUGACAGGCAGCGGCAGAGAAUAAGACGAGGCAAUGGACCAGAACGUCCAGCCAGUCCAGCGCAGGGAGGAGCAUCAAAGCAGCUCCACCAACAGUCCAUAUAUCAGUAUUGCAGCUCAGAAUGGAGGCCAGGUCUCAGCAGUGGUGCUCACACAGUCAACCUUUCAUGGAGAUGUUAACGUUACACAGAACUUCAGCUCCACUGGUAGCCAAAUCUCCGUCUCACAGAUCUCAGCGGAAUAUAAGGAGUUUAUUGUUGACCGUUAUAAGAUGGUGGAGGAAUACAACUCUAUCCUGGAUGAAUAUGUGCUGCUGGACAAACGUUACGUGGACCUGCUGAUGAUACAGAAACACCGAGAGGUGAAAGAGAGAGAGCAGGAACUCUGCUCCAAAGGACAGAGACUCCAGAAAAUCUUAAACAGCAGGAACAGGGAUGAAUACCGAAGAACAAGCAUUCUUCAGCUGUUCAGCCCAGAUGAUCGUGGAUGUGUUCAAAAAGCCGUCCUUCUCCAAGCAAACUCAGGAAAUGGCAAAUCAUUCACUGCACAAAAGAUCAUGUUAGACUGGGCCUCUGGAUCUCUCUACACAGACAAAUUUGACUUUGUCUUCCACCUGAAGUGUAGAGAGUUGAAUGUGACAGAAGACACCAGUUUGGAGGAACUUUUGUCAGGCAGUAUAACACCAGAGCAGAUCACAGAGGUCCUGCGUUCAUCAGGCAGACUGCUGUUCCUCAUAGACGGCUUUGAUGAGCUCAAACUGCAGAAGACGACUUGCACAUUACUGACUGACCCACAUAAAACAGCUCCUCCUAAAGAUAUUCUCAUUGCCCUGCUCCAGGGGAAAAUGCUGCCCAAGAGCUUUCUGCUGGUCACCACCAGGUCCACGGCCACGCCUGUGUUGAGUAAACUGCUCAAACCCCCGUACCGCUUCAUUGAGAUUUUGGGCUUCUCUGAGAAGGGGGUGGAGGAGUACUUCCAGAGGUUUUUUAAGGAUGAAGGGGUUGCUCUCUCCAGGAAAGCCUAUGAGUGUGUGAAAGCAAACCAAAACCUUUUUACGGCCUGCUUUAUGCCUGUCAUCUGUUGGAUCAUCUGCAUAUACAUCAAGGAAAGGUUUCAAGAGGGUGCUGAUCUAAUGAGUGGAUUGGAGACGACCACCUCCAUAUAUGUUCAUUUUGUGUCCACUCUGCUGGAGAACCACUGUCAGGAUCUAAGUCACCCUGUCCAUGAUCUGCUGAAGAGCUUGGGUCAGCUGGCAGAGAGGGGAAUGCUAGAACAGAAGGUCUUGUUUGAUGAGACUGUGGAAGCAGAUGUCAGUGUUCCUCCACUGCCAAUGUUUCUGUGCAAAAUUCCCUUUAGGAAAAGAGUUCAUGCCCGCCCAAAGUUCAUGGUAGGUUUUGUGCAUCUGAGCUUCCAGGAGUUUUUCACUGCCUUGUACUAUGUCCUGCUGGAUGAGGAUGAGUCCUUGAGGAACAUCAGAAAGCUGCUUGAUGUCACAAAUCUUGGCAACGGUGAUGAUGCUUCUGCUCAUGGUAGGAAUUUAAAUUUACAGCAUUCCCCCGUGAUCCAGUUUCUUUGUGGUCUGUGUAACGAGAAAGUAAGUGCUGCAUGCAUCAUGGAGACAGAAACAUACAGUCUGUCUGUGUUACCUUCAAUUCAAACACUGAUGAAGAAAUGGAUCCUGCAGGUCAUUGCAGAGAGCGGUCAAAUACGUGAAGGAAAAGUAGGUAAAGGCAUAGUGUUCAUCCUCCACUGUCUCUAUGAGCUGCAUGAGGAGGACUUUGUGAGGAAAGCUAUGGAAGCUUGGGAAGAAAUACAUCUGGGGAUUACAACCCUGAGUACAACAGACUGCUGGGUUCUGUUCUACUGCCUUCAGUGCUGUAAGCAAAUCAGCAGCUUGAACCUUGCCUGUUGCUUUGGCAUAACUGCUGACAUGCUGAAGAUGCUUCAACCUGCACUGCGUAGAUGUGAGAAGUUGUGUUUGCGUAUGGAGGAACUCACAGAUGCGGAUGCCAAUGAUCUGGUCUUGUCUCUGGGAGAAGGGAAUAACCUGAGAUACUUCCGCCAGCAUAAAGGUGCCCUUUCUGAACAGAUUGUGCAGUCGGUCCUCAUCACCCUCAGCAAACAGAAAACCGUGGGUGUAGUUGGGUUCCUAGUCAAGAACAUAUCCGCUGAGACAGCCGUCCUGCUCGUAAACAUCACCCAGAACACAGAGGUUACAGACUUAAACAUCAAGGUGAAUGAAGCCUGCGAUGCCAGUGUCUGCUCAUAUCUCAGCGUGUCAAACAGCGCUGGAGAAUUCAGGGUGAGGAUUAGUACCUACAGCGCACAAAUUAAACCCUCGCUAUCAAAAGUCCACUUUACCUGUCCACACACUGAGAUCUCCAGCAUCGACUGGAGAGGCUUCCUACAGACCUUUCACAGAAUAAACAGCUCCGCAGGAAUAUAUGAAGGCUGUGAGGAGGAUCUGGUUUCUCUGCUGGGAGUCCUGGUGUCUGUGAGUGGUCUGAAGGAGGUGGAGCUGGGCUUCUUCAGUCUGACUGAGAGAUGGGCUUCCUGGGUCCUCUCCAUCAUCCAGGCCUGCCCCACUAUACACAAACUCAAAGCUUCAAUAGGUAAGGAACACAGCAAUGACGAAUGUGUCUGCUCGUCUCUCUGCAUGUCAACAAGUGAUGGAGAUUUCACGCUGACUGUUUAUGGAAUCAGCCGUCCACAAACUGAUCCCUCAAUCUCUAAAAUCAGCCUCACCUGUCCACACUCUGGCACAUCCAGGACCGACUGGAGCGGCUUCUUACAAACACUGCACAAAAUCAACAGCUCAGCAGAAGCAUAUGAAGGCUGUGAGGAGGACCUGGCUUCUCUGCUGGGAGUCCUGGUGUCUGUGAGUGGUCUGAAGGAGGUGGAGCUGGGCUUCUUCAGUCUGACUGAGAGAUGGGCUUCCUGGGUCCUCUCCAUCAUCCAGGCCUGCCCCACUAUACACAAACUCAGAGUGGACACUGAUAUGUGGAACGGUUUGAUUCUGGAGGAGGGGGUCCGAUUACUGGAGUCUCAGAAACGUCCAGACUGCACUCUGACCGUUUCAGGGAUGAGAUGCCAGAAGCCCACUGACCAAUGCACUGUGGACCCAGAGAAAAGGUUCUGCCACCCACUAAUGAUGGACCUCAGCUGCAACCAGGACGUGAAGCUUCAGUUCUGAGCCUGCAGGGCCAGCAGGGGCGCGAUAAAGGAACUGAGUGACCAACCAAACAGGGAAUGAACUAAACAAUGAAUACGGUCUGAUUUCGCGUUCAGUGAGAGGAUCUGCACCUCACCAGGUUUACUGUGAUUAAUGAGCUUAAAUUCAUGCACUUGGUCAGGUGGUUUAUUGCCUCUGUGUGAAAUUAUGAAUUUCAUCUCAAAUCAGUUGCAGCUGUAAAUAUCAGUCGCAGUAUCUUUCACUGAAUAUACUUCUAAAUUGAACAAGCCAUUUAAAUAACAGAUGUUUUUAUGACUAUGUAACUCUAUUUACAGACUUUUAUCAGCACCAGAGGAAACACACUUUGGUUUAACGUGGAACAACGUGCCUUGUAGUACAUUCAGAUAUCCAAGACUAAAUUUGACAGAAUAUUCAGAAAAGAAAGUGUAUGAUGUUGUUCCGCCAGCAGGUGUUACAUGUAUUAAGGUUAAUUAGAUGUUUAUUAAUGUUUUAUAGGUUGUGGUGCUGCUGAUCACUGUAUAGCACUCUGUGACACUCUGUGCUAUGUAUUAGUGACCAUAGCUGGAAAUUGACCACUAUGGGUCAGACCAACACUCCAGAACUCUCCACAACUUCAUGUAGUCUGAAUCUGUCUCAGUCAAGGUGAACGGAAAGGUCAGUGCAGCAAAGUGGUCAGUUUGGUUUUAAGACAAAAAGCACGCUACAGUGUAGGAAUCGACCCUGCAGAGGAGCGGAGAGGCUGGGAGUUUUCAUUCCAAUCGAGCAGAAGCUUCUGGAUUCAGUUGAUCUUGGUACUUAAACAGCUGAUUAGUUACACGAGGAUCUCCUGCCUGUGUGGAAAGAGACCCUGCAGACACUCCGGCCCUCUGUGGAUAAGAGCGCAGCCAAAUGUCCAAUAAAAAGACUAAUUAUGUUCAUUUGCAUAAUAAAAAUAAAACAAACCCUGGGAACUGUGGUUUGUUCUCAC